AUGGUCCACAGUGGCGUGCGCCCGUUCGCCUGCCCGAUCUGUGGCAAACGCUUCGCCAUUCGGCGCGACAUGGAGACGCAUAUCCGUGUUCACACUGGAGAGAAACCAUUUGCCUGCUCCCUCUGUGUGAAGCGGUUCAAGAGGCGUGUGGAACUGAAUGUUCACCUGAGGUGGCACAACGGGGAGAAGAGACACUGGUGCUCGUACUGCGGAAAGGGCUUUCUGGAUUACAAUAAUCUGAAGAGGCACAAACUAGUCCACACCGGAGAGAAACCCUACACCUGCUCUGAGUGUGGCAAGCACUUCAAACAGACUGGCCAUCUGAAGAAACACCUGAAGACAAUACACAAAGACCGAUAG